CAUUAUGCGCACCAAGGUACCACCAAGGUGUAAAGUCAUUUUAAAUGUCUGAAGUAGUUGAUUUUGAAGUUCCGUGGCAUCUGAUCUACCACUACUACAUCUCGGGUUCGAUUGCGAUUUUUCUGAAUUUACUAGUCAUCUAUCUAAUUUUAUUCCACAGCGGGAAGCUGGAUGGCUUCAGAUUUUACUUGUUGGCUUUUCAGAUCUGGUGUACCGCUUCAGACGUGAACAUUGCGUUUCUAACCCAGCCAAUUCCUCUAUUUCCAGUUUUUGCUGGAUAUGGAGUAGGGUUUUUGUAUGAUUGGUUUGACUGCAGCUCGUUUACGUUAUUUGUAUCCUUCACAUUCCUGCUCAGCGGCCAAAUCGAAGUGCUUACCAUCUGCUUUUUCCGGAAACACCAAGCAAUUAUGAAACUCAAGCAAUCAACUGACAGACUUCCCUACCCAUUUAUCUACGUCCUAUGUAUGAGCUACUCCGUAGCUAUAUCUACCGCAUGUCAUCUGAUCCGAAUAAGCAAGGAGGAACAGUGGCAGUUGAUCCAGCUGAAUCAUUCAUCUCUGAUUCCGCAGUUUCAAAGGCUUCGAGAAUUUUCUCUAGGCUAUUUGAAUUAUGGAUUAAUCGCUUUCUUUGUGCUAACGGCAUUUGGAACAUUUAAGACAACGAUUGUGAUAUCUGUUUUGGUAUAUCGGAUGUAUAAUGUAUUAUCUAUGGUGCAAGGUCAAUUGUCAAAAACUACAUUGGCCAGGCAUAGAGUAGCAUUGUGGAGUUUGAGCAUGCAGUUCAUGACAACCCCGAUAUCCUUCCUCCCGGCAUUUAUAGUCCUUGUGGUCACUUUGUUCCCAACUGCAUACUCACAAGAAAUUUGCCGUUGCUCACUAAUGGUUGCUACCACACAUUCCACAGUGAAUUCCUUGGUUGUAAUAACGACGUACCCAGAGUUCAGGAAGACCUUCAUGUUCUGGAAGAAACCAAGGAAGCUGCAUAGAAUCUCGUCGCUGCGUCCUAGUGGCUUGUAACAUCGAGAGGUGAUCGGGCGGUUCAAGGAGAAGCUAAUUUUUGGAACAAUAUGACAUAAGCUUUUGCUUUUCUGAUUUGAAAUAAUAAAAUAUUACCUACA